GUGCCACAGAUAAGCUUAGCAGUGAUAUCAGAUAUCAGCAAUAUAAUGGAACCAAGCAUGCGUCCGCAGGGUUUCGCCAUUGAGGAGCUGCGUCAGAUUCUAAGCCAAUCCGAGCUGAAGAAUAUAACUCAGUUUAUCCACACCAGCGACAAUGUACUGGAGCUUAUCGAUGGCUUCAUGCAACUGAUGGCACGCGAGGAGAUCGAUUUUGGAGUACAGACGUUGGCUGGUCUCCAUGUGGCUGGCAUAAUGAUCUACAUGCUGCAUCAUGACGAUCUGGAUAGCACUCAGAUGCAGCGAAUGAAGUUCAUACAGCGCUGCUUCGACUACUUGGCCUGCACCGAGGAUAAGCAUGUGCAUGAACUGUGCACACAGAUCCUGUGCUUAUUGGAUUUAAAUGAUUCGCAGCAUGUGUUGAAUACCAUAAACUGCUGCCGCAUUGCGAGUCCGUUGAGCACAAUGGCCCAACUGGUUUGCACCUGUUUGCUGUGGGCCAUGCUCGACAAUCUGACCGAUUUGGGUUUCGACACAUAUCGCCUGCGUGCCUAUCCGGAUAUAAUGAUGGCAGUUGCCAUGGUCAAUCCACUGCUUUACUUGCAGGACUAUCCGCAAUCGCUCAAUCUGAUUGUACGCAUCAUUGGCGCCCUGUUGCUGAUUGGACCCUAUGGCUGCACGGAGAAGUUGCGCUUAGAGAUGGGAUUGCCGCAGCAGAUGCUCGAAUUUCCGGAAUCGGAUGCGGCGGUCCUUUUCCGCUGGCUAACCGCCAUCAGCGAGGAGUUGCGCUAUGAGCUGCAGCUGCAGGAUGGCCAUGGCCAGGACCUCAUGGUCAUCCUGGAGAUAUCCUAUGAGGUGAUGAAACUCGUCCACUCCCAUUUAUCUGCAUUCUAUCAGCGACUCUAUUAUCAGCCCGAUUGCGAUGCGGAUGGCUGUGUCUCUGAUCACCAAUACGAGGAUCACGACGAUAACUUCGAUUGGUUUUUAUGAGCACUUUCCAUAAAUAACAAAGUCAACCAAUUAGAAUGUGCCGCAAAAGAACCUGCUUCAUUCCAAAAUUAUUUUAAAAAAGAUAACCAGUUAUUUUUCAUAUUCCCCGCAAAAUUGUAGACAAAUAAGAAAAUAUAAACCACAUUUUUGUUACAAAA